AUGACUUUGCAAGACGAUACACCAAAAUGGGUAGACUCGGAGGCCGCCGAAUCCAAUGAUCCCACUUGCAGCUCCAACGCAGAUACGGAGGCGGUGAAACCAGUACCUCCCGCUGCCGACGACGAAGACUUCGAGGUUACUUCGAGUUCCUUCCAAGCUAUCAGAACCCUCACUCUCUGUGCCAGGUUCUGGAGAUGGGUUUCCAUUGCUGUAAAUUUGAUGUUUGGAAUCUUGUCCCUCGUAGCGUCGUCAAUGAUGCUCUUUGCGGGAUUGACGCACGAGAUCUCGGGGGCCCACAAGAUGCAAGGAGAAGCAGGUGUUGUCAUUGCCUUCAUCUUGUUAUUGACUGCUUCAGGAUCGGGAAUCUAUGGUGCCAUGAAGUUCCGUUCAUGCUUUGUCUUCGUGCCGCUUCUUGCUUACGUUUCAUUUUCCGGCAUUGGCCUUGUCACGCAUAAUUGGUCGGAUUUUGUUUUGUACCUGCUCUUUGCCAUUCCACAAGUCAUGCUCAUUCGAGAGAUACGAAGGGGAGUUUAUGCGGAUGGGGGCCAGUUGGAACAGCUAGUCUAG